AAACAGCCCUCCCUCUUAUUAUGUCACCAGUAUAUCUGAUCUGGUUGCAGAGGAAGUGAGACUCAGGAAGCGAAAGUAAUGGAGCUCAAACUGUUAUUGUUGUUGAUGUCGUUAACGGUCGCUGCAACGGCCACCACGGCGGAGUACGUCCGACCUCCACCUCGGAAAACCCUACAUUUUCCAUGGGAUCGGAAACCCUCAUCUCAACCCCAACAGGUACACAUCUCCUUGGCUGGGGAUAAACACAUAAGAGUCACAUGGAUCACUAAUGCUAAAUCAUCUCCAUCAAUUGUUGAAUAUGGAACAUCACCAGGGAAGUACAGCUCUAUGGCUGAAGGAGAAACUACAUCUUAUAGUUAUCUAUUUUAUAGCUCAGGAAAGAUACACCACACUGUCAUUGGGCCCCUGGAACAUGACACUGUUUAUUUUUACCGAUGUGGAGGAGGUGGUCCUGAGUUCCAAUUUAAGACCCCUCCUUCUCAAUUUCCAAUUACUUUUGCGGUGGCUGGCGAUCUAGGACAGACUGGAUGGACUAAGUCGACGUUAGACCACAUAGACCUAUGCAAAUAUGAUGUGCAUCUGCUUCCUGGUGACCUUUCUUAUGCUGAUUACAUACAAAACCGAUGGGACACAUUUGGUGAGCUGGUGCAACCACUUGCUAGUGCAAGGCCGUGGAUGGUAACAGAAGGCAAUCAUGAAAAGGAGAACAUACUGUUACUUGAGGAUGGGUUUGAAUCUUAUAAUGCUCGAUGGAAGAUGCCGUUUGAGGAGAGUGGAUCAAAUUCAAACCUCUAUUAUUCUUUCGAAGUUGCAGGUGUUCAUACAAUCAUGCUUGGUUCAUAUGCAUACUAUGACGAGUAUUCUGAUCAAUAUAACUGGCUGAAGGCUGAUCUUCUAAAGGUAGAUCGGAAAAGAACACCUUGGCUAGUUGUGCUAUUCCAUGUUCCCUGGUAUAACAGCAAUGAGGCUCAUCAAGGUGAAGGGGAUGAGAUGAUGGCAACCAUGGAGCCGUUACUUCAUGCUGCUGGUGUAGAUAUUAUGCUUGCUGGCCAUGUGCAUGCUUAUGAGCGCACGAAACGUGUCUACAAUGGUAAAUCGGAUCCUUGCGGUGCCAUCCACAUUACAAUUGGUGAUGGAGGAAACAAAGAAGGUUUAGCUCAGAGGUACAAAAACCCGCAGCCAGAGUGGUCGAUUUUCCGUGAGGCAAGCUUCGGUCAUGGCGAGCUGAAGAUGGUGAAUUCAACUCAUGCUUUUUGGAGUUGGCACAGGAAUGAUGAUGAUGAACCAGUAAGGUCUGAUCAGGUUUGGAUAACCUCUUUGGUCAGUUCAGGAUGUGUUGCUGAGAAGCGCCCUGAACUAAGGAAGAUACUCAUGGCACCUUAGAACUGGUAAUAUCAAUAUCGCCCGCUUUUACUCGUUGGAAUGUCUUCGCUAAGUUUAUCUGUAAAUAUAUUGUCUAGACAUACGGUGUAUCAUGUAAUUGUUGGUAGUUGAAUUGGGUGCGAACCCUGGCACCGUGUGACGUUUGAGACUCUACCCCUGCCGAGUCUUUGCGAUAAGUACUCUUGCAUGUAUAAUAAUCUCAAGUUGUGCUUUUGUCCUUGAUGAAUCAUUUUAACCAGAGCCAUAAACCAGUUGGGAUAAAGGGAGAUACACAUAUUUAGAAUGGAUGGCUAUGCUGCUGCUGCUGCGGCGGCGGCGGCAAGGGCAAGUUAUAACCGAGUGGGCGGACCUCUUGACCACUUCACGAACAUCUAGAUUUCUGUCAAGGCCAAGGGUCAACUUGACAAAAUUUAACCGAGGAUCAGCUUAAACAUCUGCCACGAGAGAUGUAGAUUCCAUGGGGGUUCAGUUUUUCUCAAUGUAUCUGAAUACCACCCAUAGUGUACUAGUUGAGAUCUACUUAAUUUUCAACCUUCUUUUAAAUGUUUACUCAAGAGUAAAAAUCUUAGAUUGAUAUAAAAAUUAUAAUGGAUAAAUUUAAAUUUAAAGGAGAACAGAAGGUGAAAUAUGACUUUUAAA